AUCCUGCUCUGAUUCGCCCAGGACGUAUUGACCGAAAGAUAGAAUUUCCACUUCCAGACAUAAAAAUGAAAUGUCAUAUUUUUAAUAUUCAUACAGGGAGAAUGACAUUAUCUGAUAAUAAGGAUCUUGACGAAUUUGUAAUGUCUAAAGAUGAUUUGAGUGCAUUAAUUCAUAAAGUUAAGAAAAAGAAAUGGGAACCACCACUUUCAACUCGUGUUGGUAAAAAAAAAAAAAACGGAGGUCCUGAUGCAACGUCUAAAUUAACUGCCGGUAUAUUAGCCAUGAAUAAUUUCAUAUAUUUUUCCGUGAGAUGCUUGUCCAAUUUUCUUGACGAUCACUUAACUUUGAUAAUCUUUCCUACAACGCGGUGUCGAUUGAAAUGGAACGCUAUGUCUGUUGUCGGUGUACUUCAAGAUGAUACUGAUCCAAUGGUUAGUGUUAUUAAACUUGAGAAAGCUACCUACAGAAUCAAUCCUUAUGGUUCAUUUGCAAGUCCUAAAGAAAAUGCUCAUGUUAAAUGGUAUGUUGAUGGAAAGGAUUAUUUUUAUGCAGUGUCAGAAGCUUUAAUGGCCGCAGAAGAAGAAAUUUUUAUUGAAGAUUGGUGGCUUUCUCCAGAACUAUAUCUUAGAAGACCCCCUGCACAUAACAAAGAAUAUCGCCUUGAUUAUCUAUUAAAGAAAAAGGCUAGUGAAGGUGUCAAGAUUUAUGUAAUUUUGCACGAUGAGAUCUCGGCCAUUAUGUAUUUGAACUCUAGACACGCUGAACUUGCGCUAAACCAUAAAAAUAUAAAGGUGUUUAGACAUGCUGAAAAUGGGUUUCUUGCAAAUGCCGAAUGGGGGUUUCAUUUGAUUUGGAAUAGUAUUUUUCCGAAUGCUGAAUAUGUUAAACAUCCAGAUAGAGAUCCUACCGCAUAUUGGACCCAUCACGAGAAAAUAGUAGUCAUCGAUAGAAAUACAGCCUUCAUCGGUGGAUUAGAUCUGUGUUUUGGUCGGUAUGACACACAUGCUCACAAAUUAGCAGAUUUUCCGAAAUUCGCAAAUUUUUCUGAAGUUUGGCCUGGUCAAGAUUAUAAUAAUGUUAGGAUUAAAGACUUUGUCGAAGUUCAAAAAUGGGCAAUUACUUUGAUUUCUAAGGAUGUCUCGGCUCAAAAUGAUGAAUUCCCAGAAGAAGAUAUUAGAUCAUAUAAUUACUUUAAUGAAACUGCAGAAGUUGAUACUACGAAAGGUACUUGUUCUGUGCAGAUUUUAAGAAGUGCUUGUAGGUGGAGUCAUGGAGUUGAGGUCGAAGAUUCAAUUCAACAGGCAUAUUUGCAGACUAUUGCAGAAGCACAACACUUUAUUUACAUUGAGAACCAAUUUUUUAUUUCAGCAAAUGAUGAUAAUUCUGUAUUUCAUAAUAAGAUUGGAAAAGCACUUAUAGAACGAAUUAUAAGAGCUUAUAAAAAUGAUGAGAAAUUUCGAGUUAUUGUUAUAAUGCCAUUAGUUCCAGGUUUUGAAGGUCAAUUCGAUGCAGAAUCUGCAGUAGCUUUACGAAUAACGAUGGAAUUCGAAUACCACACAAUAUGCCGUGGUGAUGGAUCAAUUUUUGAGAGGCUCAAACAGGCUGGCAUUCAAAAUCCGGAGAAAUAUAUAUCAUUUUUUGCUUUACGUGCUUAUGAUAAAAUCGAUUCUGAAGCAGUUAAAAAAGCAAAGGAUAAAAUUUUAGAUAAAUUGAGCCGUAAAUUAAGCAGCAAACUUUAUCCAAUAAUAAGUAAUAUUAAAGACCCAAUUGUCACAGAACAAAUUUAUAUCCAUUCUAAACUUAUGAUCGUAGAUGAUCAGAUUGUUAUCUGCGGAUCUGCUAACCUUAAUGACAGAUCACAGUUAGGAGAACAUGAUUCAGAAAUUGCAGCAAUCAUUAGGGAUAAUGAUAAAGUUGACUCGAAAUUAGCAGGAAAACCUAUCAAAGCUGGUAGAUUUGCAGUAUCACUAAGAAGACAUUUAUUUAAAGAACAUUUAGGAUUGCUUCAAGUUUCUGAAAACCAUUUGUCUGAAAUUACUUCCUACAGUUACCCCCCACCAUUACAUAUUAAAAACGGAUAUCAUCAUCUUCAAACAAUGGAUGAAAAAAAAUUAGAAGACCCUGUUAGUGAUGAAUUUUUUGCUUUCUGGAAAGGCAUAGCUGAAAACAAUACAAAGAUUUUUAAUGAUGUUUUUCACUGUUUACCUAGUGAUGAUGUUAAAACAUGGGAUGAUUAUCAAAGUUUUGUUCCUGAUCCAAAAACAAUUCCGUUAGGCCAUGUAUAUGAUCCAGAUAAAAUUUCAGAAUUGAAAAAUAUUAAAGGUCAUUUAGUUCAAUUUCCUUAUAGAUUUCUAGAAAAAGAAGAAGUUUCAACUUUGAAAAAAGUUAAAAAUAUUAAGGAUUUAAGUGAUGACUUCAAAGAAAUUGAAUUUGCUGUUGAAAGUGAAUUAAUCGAAAAUUUGGCUACGUCAUCUGAACAUGCUGCUGCAUUUGCCGGAUAA